GUGCAUGAGAAUCAGAGGCUGGAAAUGAUCCAUAACGUACACAUCAAUAUCAACAUAGAACCAUCUCACGACACGAAGCCAAAAGGAUAAAAAGUCCCAAAUACCAACAAAAACGCUUCUCCCACCAGGAUCUGGUCUCUUUGCAUUUUGCCAGAUUCCUCUGUAAAAGUCAGGACAGUGAGUAGUAAUUAGUAAAAGGCUCCCUCUAUUUAAGAAGAUACCACCACACCCCAUAGUUGUCCUAUAGAGACAUAUCAUAUUCACUGAGGCUGAGAGAACAGAGAGCGAUAUCAGAGACAAAUGGGUGUUUCCGGCGAGUGUUUCGAUGUGAUCAUAGUCGGAGCCGGCGUAAUGGGCAGCUCCGCCGCAUACCAAACGGCGAAAAGAGGCCUGAAGACUCUUUUGCUGGACCAGUACGACUUCUUGCACCACCGAGGGUCGUCUCAUGGAGAGACACGCACCAUACGCGCCACCUACCCUCAGGACUACUACUACCCAUUGGUGAUGGAGUCCUACAAGCUCUGGCGAGAAGCCGAGGCCCAAAUCGGCUACCAGGUCUACUACGACGCCCAUCAUUUUGACAUGGGCCACGCUGACGACCCCGAUCUCCAGGCCGUCAUCGCCAACUGCCGGAAACACUCAGUCCCGCACCAAGUCCUCCGCAGUGAUCAAGUGGUGCAGAAAUUCUCCGGCCUCAUCUCCAUCCCGGACGACUGGCUCGGCGUGUCUAACGGUCUCGGGGGGGUCUUAAAGCCGACAAAAGCAACGGCCAUGUAUCAAACACUAGCAUACAAAAACGGCGCCGUUCUCAGGGACAACACCGAAAUCAUAGAUAUUAAGAGAGACAACAUAAACGGGGGAGUGCUGGUUUUUACGGCAGGCGGCGAAAGGUUUUGGGGUAAGAAAUGUGUAGUGACGGUUGGGGCUUGGAUGAAGAAGUUAGUUAAAGCGGUUAGUGGAAUUGAACUGCCUAUACAACCCAUGGAGACCCAUGUGUGUUAUUGGAGGAUCAAGGGGGGGCACGAGGCGAAAUACGCCCUCGGCGGCGACUUUCCGACGUUCGCGAGCUACGGGGAGACGUACAUAUACGGAACUCCGACGCUGGAGUUUCCGGGGUUGAUAAAGGUGGCGGUGCAUGGAGGGAAUCCAUGCGACCCGGACAAGAGGCCGUGGGGCUCCGGGGCGAAGAUGGAUGUGUUGAAGAAAUGGCUGGACAGGACGUUCUCGGGUUUAGUGGAUUCGAGUGAACCAGUGGUGAAACAAGCAUGCAUGUACUCGGUGACGCCCACUGAGGAUUUUGUGAUCGAUUUCUUGGGCGGGAAGUUCGGGAAGGAUGUGGUGGUCGGAGGCGGGUUUUCGGGUCACGGGUUCAAGAUGGCUCCGGUGAUAGGGCGGAUAUUGACGGAUCUUGUGGUGGAGGGGGAAGCAAAAGGGGUUGAUAUUAGUCCUUUUAGGAUCGGGAGGUUCAUCCAGAUUUGCCGUCUGUAGGUAGGGAAGUCCUUGGGGCGGGCUCCUGGUGUGCAGUGCUGUGGGCCUCUUAAUAAAAUAUUGACUUGAUAUAUAAAAUAGAGGACAAAUUAUGUCUGUUUCUUUGAACUGGCUAUCACUUCUAGUGUAUAUGGCAUGCUGUUAAUAGCAACUUGGGGUUUGGUUUUUGCUGUCUCUAGGCUGAGUGUGUUAUCCCUACCUAUUAAUCUGGUAAUACACGCAUGAUGCAUGUGUGAAAUCAGCAAUUCAAGACGUAUUAUUCUACAA